CGCUUCUUCCCUGCUGUUUCUUUCUUCGCUCCGCUUUUCCUGUUUGGUCUGCUCUCCAUCUUUCUUUCCCCGUCCCCUCGAGGCCUCUCCUGCCUCGAGGUGUGAGGUCACACCUCCACGCGAGCUUGUCUUGUUCCUGUGUAAGUAAAACUUGCUGUCGUGGGUGGGGUCUGUGUCUAUCCCCGUUCUUUCUUCUAGCACCCUCCCCUCUCCCCUUGCUUCGUCCAUGCUCCGGGGCUGCGACAUUGUUUUUCAUAGUCUUCUGUCUCUUUCUCUCUACCCUGAGCAGCUGAGGCUGUGAAAUACUUCGGCUGGUUCAUUCUCUCUAGCAUCAACAGGGCGCACGUGCCGUCGUUGCCUUGGGACGAACGAGUGCAGCUCAAGGUAGUGGAGUGUUGAUUAAAAAAUCUGCGGGACUGGAUUGAUUCGAGCUCUCUAGCUCUGUACUUCAUGUCACAAGAGGGACCGCACAGAGUGGGGUCGAAUUGUUGUGAUCUAGUCCCGAAACUAGCUGUGAAUAUCAUUUGCUUGCGGACUGCCGCAGCUUGCUCCAGUGCAGGCUGGACGCGGGAGAUUCUGUCCUGCCGAAAGAAAUUGGUGCGUCUGUGAGGAUAGCAACAAUCUCGCGCGGGCGGAAUUGCACUAGAUUGUGAUUGGUUGAUCCAUAAAACAAUCGAUUGUUUCAUUCAUAACGACAGUGUGUCGUUGUACAUUGGAAAAGUUUGUUUGCCCAGCUCAGAGUCGGCCUGUCGUAGUGAAUAGUCUGCGUCCUGAUUCGCCUUCUGCCAGUUACUGAGCCGAGUCGACUAUAGCUAGCAGCAGCAGCAGCAGCAGUUCUUCGUCCUCCUCGAAAUGCUCCGGUCUUGGUGCAUGCGCUCCCUGCGCCAGAGAGAGAGGGAGAGAGCGAGCGUGUGAGUCCCUACGAGGAGCUUGUGCUUCCGCAGCAUUGGUUGCUCCGUCUCGAAGGGCACGCGAGGAAAGGAAGGAAGUAGUGAGCGCAGCACAGCAAUGGACCUCUAACCUGACCGUCUGACAGACACACAGAGAAGACCUCGUUCGCUGGUGCGGAAAGUGAGCUAGCGCAUGAUAGAUAGGGAGAGAGCUGGAGUCUGCAGAAGCAAAUCCUGACUGGACGCAGCGAGGGGUGAUUGGUUGAUUGAGCUUCUGAAUCAACGGGAACAUGGGGAUGGCGAUGGACCCGUUGGGACAGCAACAACUAUCAUCAAGAGCAGGAGGAGGAGCAAAUGCAGGUUCCUUCGGAGGAGCGAGCAGCAGCAGCAGCAGCUAUGGGCCUGGGCAGCCGUCACCAAGAGGAGGAAACUCAGGUGGACAACAACAGCAUCAUCAUCUCACGACUAUUAGUCCACCGCGUAGGCAGCUGAAGGAUCUGCUUAGAGAAUCCAUGGACAAGGAUGCGGCCGAGAGGAACGAGGAUGGAAGAAACGGGGACGCGGGGCUCGUGAUCGAAAGGGAUGAUAGGGACGAUCAUGUAGUGGUCGAGGUCAUGGUGGAGCACGGCUCGGGAACGGUACAAUUGAAAAGUAUAACGCAGCCUGGCGGCGGCGGUAGCGCUGCGGACAGAUCAUUUAUUGUAGAUAGCUUAGAAAGACGAAAUUCGAUGAACUCUAGGGAAGCGGCGGACGCGAAGCGCGUCUCGAGGAAUGGUAGUUCUGGAGCUAGAGUUACGCCCCUGGCCUUCUCCCCGGAAAGGACCGAUGGCGAUCUUCCUCCUCGCUCGUCGUCUCGAACGUCGCAGACGUCCAGAAGGGGAGGCAUUCCCAUCUCAGGUCCCAUCUCGGGGCCUCUUUCAGGCCCAAUCUCGGGCCAAAUUGACAGGACUGCAUCUGGCGCCAAGAACGCCCUCGAAGGUCUCAGGAACAUUCACAGGGCCACCGGCGACAGUGACCAGGAGGUUCUGUGGCUCGCUGUCGACGAGCGCUUUAAGCAGCUCACCGCCAAGACGGAAAAUCUCCUCCUUCGAAAGGAUUUCGCUGAAUGUAUAGGAAUGAAGGGGUCGGAGGAGUUUGCCGAGGAGCUGUUGAAUGCCCUCACUCGAAGGAAAGGUGUCCAACAUCAGGUCGAGGUGAUAUCGAGGAGUGAGCUUCAGGAAUACUGGCGGAGGAUUACUAACAAAACCUUCGAUGCCCGCAUGGAACUCUUUUUCGACUUGUGUGAUAAGGAUCUUGAUGGUCGUAUAUUUCCCAACGAAGUUAUGGAGAUGAUCCUGCUGAGCGCUGCCGCGAACAAGUUGUCCAUUCUGACAGAACAGGCGGAGGAAUACGCUGCACUCAUCAUGGAAGAACUCGAUCGCCACCACAAUGGCUACAUUGAGUUGUCUGAGCUGGAAAAGUUAAUGCGCGCCCCGACAGUGCACAAGUAUGGAGGGACUUUCGAAGGCCACAGUCAGCAGCUGAGCCCUCCGAGGCGCAGAAGCAGGUGGCAGCACUACUCCAGGAAGUACAAGCUGUACCUUCACGACUACUGGGUCCGCAUCUGGCUGUUUCUAAUAUGGGCGGGAGCGUGCCUCGGCCUCUUCUGCUGGAAGUUCCAUCAGUACCGGCACCGAGAGGCGUUCGAAGUGAUGGGAUACUGCGUCUGCGUUGCCAAGGGCGCCGCCGAAACCCUCAAACUCAAUAUGGCUCUGAUUCUCCUCCCGGUCUGCCGAAAUACGAUCACUUACCUUCGAUCCACGUGCAUGGGGGCCGUCAUCCCGUUCGACGACAACAUCAAAUUUCACAAGCUUGUUGCAGCUGGUAUUGCGGGUGGGGUGAUAGUUCACGCAACCACUCAUCUGGCAUGUGAUUUCCCGAAGAUGGUAUCGAACAGCGACAAUCCGUACAUGGUGUACAUAUCCCGCGAGCAUUUCAACGGGAAGGUGCCGACCUACGGAGACAUAGUUGCCACCCCGACGGUGAUUACGGGAAUCAUAAUGGUGGUGAUUAUGUGUUUUGCCUUCUUCCUGGCCUCGUACUGGUGUCGCAUGUCCAUUUUGAAGCUGCCGGGGCCGUUUCGCAGGUUCACUGGCUUCAAUGCCUUCUGGUACUCGCACCAUCUGUUUGUCGUCGUAUACGUCCUUGUGAUUGUUCACGGUUAUUACCUCUUCCUCACGAGCAAGUGGAGCCAGAAGACGACCUGGAUGUACAUAAUGGUUCCUCUGACGCUGUAUUGCGGAGAACGUACUCUUCGAACAUUCCGAGCCACAACGUACAAAGUCAACACUGUGGAGGCAAACAUCUAUCCCGGAAAUGUCCUAGCUAUACAUAUGUCGAAACCGGCUGGAUUCAAGUAUCAGAGCGGGAUGUACAUAUUUCUUCAGUGUCCAUCAAUUUCGGGGUUUGAAUGGCAUCCUUUUUCAAUUACCUCCGCUCCGGGAGAUGAAUAUAUCAGCGUGCACAUGCGGAAGUUGGGUGACUGGACGACGGCCAUGCACAACCUUUUCAAGGAUGCCAUCGCUGCCAACCAGAACGAAGACUUCAGCAUCAACAGCAAGUACCCUAGGCUAUGCAUCGAUGGACCCUACGGAGCACCGGCUCAGGACUUCCGCAAGUACGACGUACUGCUGCUUGUAGGAAUGGGCAUCGGUGCCACCCCGUUUAUCAGCAUUUUGAAGAACAUGCUCAACGACAUCAAAUCCGCCGACGCUGUAAAUUCUCCUGACAACAACCCCGGGGGUUUGCAUCACGACCUGUACAGAGUCACGGACAACUCGAAUGGUGGGAGAUGGUGGGAGACACAGAGUCCCAAGAAGCCCUCGGACAGUCCUGCCCGGCAAAAGAAACGUAAGAUUCGUGUCACCACGAAUGCCUACUUCUACUGGGUGACUCGCGAACAGGGUUCGUUCGAGUGGUUCAAAGGAGUGAUGAAUGAGGUGGCUGCUAUCGAUCAGAAGGCUGUGAUCGAAAUGCACAACUACCUCACGAGUGUUUACGAAGAAGGUGAUGCGAGAUCGGCUCUCAUCACCAUGGUCCAGGCCCUCCACCACGCCAAGAGUGGUGUCGAUAUUCUGUCCGGCACGAGGGCUCGAACUCACUUCGCGCGGCCGAACUGGUCAGCGGUGUUCCAAAGGCUCGCAAGAACUCACGAGAAAGCCAGAAUAGGUGUCUUCUACUGCGGAGCGCCGGGGCUGGCCAAGGAGUUGGAUGAGUUGUCGAGGACGUGGUCGCAGCAAACGACCGCGAGGUUCGAGUUUCACAAGGAGAAUUUCUAGCGAGCGUGCAGCGAGGAAUGGCGAAGGCGCACACCCGGAUUUGCAUGCCCUGGUGAAGCGAGAGGCGCCAUAUAUAGAAACAUCACAUCAUUCAUUGUGCCGUGUAAAAAAAUUCUCAUCUCCCCACAAUUUUUUAGAUGGUAAGAGCGUAGAUUAACGUUAGAACUUGCCGCCCUUUACUAUCGAUAAUUGUCAAUAUGCAGAGUGUAGGUAGAUAUCAAACCAGCUUUUCUCACUGGAAAAUUACACUUUGAGCUGCCGGCUUUAUUAAAAUACAGGUCGUGCGCUGUUUACAAACUAAUGUCAGGGAUCACACAGUAAUUGCAAUAACAGGCUGUGUCAAGCAAGGCGUGAGCCUCCUACUUGCC